AUGUGCAGAAUAAAUCUAUUGAUAUUACUUGCUGUGUUAUUUUUUAAUAUUAGUAUUCUAAUAUGGUAUCAUUUUAAUAAUUGUCAUUCUAUCAAAAAAAUUACACAAAUAGGAAUUUUUGAUAGAUCUUCAGCUAAUUCUACUGUUUAUUAUCUUGAUACACAAUGUAAAUCAAAUUUAAAUGAUUCUUCGACAAUCAAUCGUGCUAAAGAAUUUAAUAUUAUAUUUGAUACGCGCAGAUGGAAUGGCAAUAAAAAAGAAAGUCGAUCAGGACCAGGUUCAACAUUAGAAGGUGCUUUUGAUUGGAUAAAACAUUUACAAACAUUUUUUCAAUAUUAUCAUAUUCGAUCUGUAGCUGAUAUACCUUGUGGUGAUGUUUCUUGGCAAUUCAGUAUUCAAGAAAUCAAUACUAUUGAACAAGUCUAUUUUGGUGGUGAUAUAUCAACACAUGUUAUUCAACGCAAUAAAAAAUUAUAUGGAACAAUGCAUUAUAAUAAAUUAUUCCAGUAUUGGGAUCUUGUCAGUUGUUCAAUCCCAACAUUUUCAUAUAAGAAUUCAACGCAUAUAAUUCAAAAUAAUUCAUUUGAUUUGAUCAUUGUUCGUGAUGCUCUUCAGCAUAUGCAUAUACAAAAUGGUUUGAAAGCCGUACGAAAUGUGAUUAGAUCUGGUGCAAAAUAUUUUGCAUUAAGUAGUUAUCCACCAAAUCAAAUAUUUUCACCAAAUACUAGUCGAUCAAUAAAUAAAAUGGAACCAUUACCGAGGAAACCAUUCGAAUGUGAAAUUAGAAAUUAUUGUAAAACAGGUGCUAUCAAAGACGGUGAUUUCUAUGAAAAUAAUAUUAAUUGUUAUCCAUUUAAUUUUCCAUUGGAUAAAGCAAUUCUUGUUAAACCAUCACAUACGAAAUUUAUGACAGAAUAUGAUGAAAUACAUAUAUAUAAAAUUGAUGAUGAAUUGAAACAUAUUGUUGAACAAUAUGACAAUGCAUGCAUUUAA